UAUUAAAAAAGACAAAAUAGAAUCGAAAAUAUCCCACAAAGUAGUUGUCUUAUAUCCAACUUCAUGGUUAAGCAAGAAGAGUUCCCUCUUGAACUCGUGGCAGCAGAACAGAGGCAGAUGUGCCCCAUGUGGUACUCGUCAGUUUUCCGCUGGCCGGACUUCGAAUUCUCUCUUCCGACGUCGGUUUUCAGGUGGCCGGACUUCAACUUAUCGUACCUGACCAGUGGUUGGAGCUUGCAGAGCUUCAGGUGGUGGGAUUUUUCAAUCGUGGAUGACGUGUUGUGGACUUUCGUCACGGUCCUGGAGUCCUUUGCUUUAGUCGCCAUGCUCUGUUUCUUCUUUCUUUUCUGUGGGUGUACGCUUUGAUUUCUGCAAAAGCAGAAAAAUUUAUACACAAAUUUUUGUACAGAAGCUGAGUAAGAAAGCGACUUUAAUCUGAAUUUACAGAGUUACAAAUUCGUAA